CUGAGGCUGCAGCAAAGACGGACACGAGAACAGCUGGUGGACCAGGGCAUCAUGCCACCUUUGAAAAGCCCAGCUGCAUUCCACGAGCAGAUAAAGAGCCUGGAGCGAGCCAGGACUGAAAAUUUUUUGAAGCACAAGAUUCGCAGCAGGCCGGACCGGUCGGAGCUGGUCAGAAUGCACAUCCUCGAAGAGACCUUUGCAGAGCCUUCGCUGCAAGCCACUCAGAUGAAACUGAAGAGAGCUCGGCUGGCAGAUGAUCUGAAUGAGAAGAUUGCUCAGAGGCCUGGCCCUAUGGAACUGGUAGAAAAAAACAUUCUUCCUGUAGACUCCAGCGUCAAAGAAGCUAUUAUAGCAGUUGGACAAGAGAAUUAUCCUCAAGCUCUGGAUGAUUAUUCAUUUGAUGAAGACAGCAGCGAUGCUUUAUCACCAGAUCAGCCGGCCAGCCAAGAAUCCCAGUCAGCAGCUUCCCCUGGUGAGCCAAAACCGAGUGACUCGCCAUCACCAGUAACGCCCAGUGCUACUGCAUCAGCACAGUAUCCACCUUUAACCUCUCCAGUUCCUGAAUUUCUCAAAACUCCCCCUACAAUCGAACAGCACAUCACACGCUCUACUGCUACAACCGCCCUGACCACAAACACUGUAUCUGCAGUAAAGCCCGGGCCAACGUUGGUAAAGCAAAGCCACCCAAAGAACCCAAACGAUAAGCAUCGGAGCAAGAAAUGUAAAGAACCUAAGCCAAGGGUGAAAAAAUUGAAGUAUCAUCAAUAUAUUCCACCUGAUCAGAAAGGUGAGAAAAAUGAGCCACAGAUGGACUCCAACUAUGCUCGUCUGCUACAACAGCAGCAACUGUUUUUGCAGCUGCAGAUCCUGAGCCAACAGCAACAACACUACAACUACCAGACAAUUCUACCUGCACCACUGAAGCCACUGACUGACAAACAGAAUAACAACGGGAAUACGCCACUGAAUGCUUUGAACAACAGUACACCAGCGUCAGCUGCCAGCUCCCCAAGACAGAGCAGUAAUGUUCCCAGCCGGAAACCGGGACCUCUACCUUCGAGCCUGGAUGACUUGAAGGUAGCAGAGCUUAAAAUGGAGUUGAAAUUGAGGGGAUUACCAGUGUCUGGAACAAAAACGGAUCUUAUUGAGCGUCUGAAACCCUAUCAAGAUCUUAAUAACAAUGGGGUUGCCACUAGUAGCUCUGUUACAGUAGCCACUUCUACCGGAGCCACAGGUAACAGUGGGGAAGUGACUGUGGCAUUUCCUGUUGCAACACCAAAUAAAACAGUGGCUAAUACGAUAUCCAGCUUUCCUCCAGAAAAAACAUCUACUGGACCUGGCUGCAAAGUGGUAAAUACUGAAAACAUUAGCUCUCCUUUGCCUAUAUCUCCCUCUCCUUCAGAUCAAUCUAGUCUAAGCACAGAUGAUACUGGUAUGGCAGAUACUUUCACAGAAAUGAUGACCAUGAUGUCACCAUCCCAGUUCUUAAGUACUUCACCACUAAGAGCAAAUAUGAGUGAGGAGAAUCAGAAUCGCAGUAGUGGAAGCAUCUCAAUCAUGGAGUUUGAUGUAGCAGAAAAGGACCGCAAGCUUCAAGAAAAAGAAAAGCAGAUUGAAGAGCUCAAAAGGAAACUGGAACAAGAGCAAAAACUUGUGGAAGUACUGAAAAUGCAACUUGAGGUUGAAAAACGGGGUCAACAGCAACAGUCUCAGACUUCUGGUAAUGCAGCUGCUUUGGAACAGAAGCAAUUCAGUGCUGCUGUCAAAGAUGAAAAUGCUCUUACUGACUGCUCUAGUACAAGUCAAUCUGUACCUGUAGCCAGUCAUUCUUUAGGACAGUCGGUGUACACUAGCGGCCAGAAUCCAGUUGCCAAAAAGGCGGUUGUUAUCAAGCAGGAGAUACCUGUGGCCAAAGCUGAACCUCAGAACGCCAUCUCUCAAUUUUAUGUUAACCCACAGAAGCAGCCACAAACUGCCGUUGUUGCCCCACCUCAAGCUUUAUUAACCCAAGGAACUGCACAGCUGCUCCUUCCGCUAUCUAUCCAGGGACCCAAUUCUACCACUGCAGUGCAGCUACCCGUUGGAAAUAUAAAGUUGCAGGCUCAAUCACAAGCUGGAAUACAGACCCCAUCACAAAUACCUGCACCUAUUCCUUCCUCUGGCCUAGCCCAGACAGCACCUCAGAUGCAUACUCCACAAUCAAAACAAAACACCGCCACGCAGCACGCACUUGGUCAGACCCAACAAGUCAGAAAGGUUUUUCCACCUACCACGUCACAUACAGUAUUUUCGUAUCAGACUGCACCAGUUACAACACCUUCACAGUCUUUUAUUAAUAAAAUAUCAAACUCUAACAUUCACACUGGUGGUAAUCAGGUUCCCUCUGUGCAGAAUGGACCUGCUACUCCUAAUAAGCCUGGCUCUCCAUCUCAAGCUCAGCCUUACCUUGUUCAACAGUCCCUCUUCAACAACACAGUAUCCAAGGCAAAAGAUCCUCCUCGUUAUGAAGAGGCUAUAAAACAGACCCGCAGUAUUCAGACAUCGCACCGUGAGAUUUCCAGUGCGCACAGUCAGCAGAUGGAUGAUCUUUUUGAUAUUCUCAUCAAGAGCGGAGAGAUUUCCCUUCCAAUAAAGGAGGAACCAUCUCCCAUUUCUAAAAUGAGACCAGUGACAGCCAACAUCACUACGAUGCCAGUGAAUACAGUGAUAUCCCGCCCACCGCCACAGAUCCAAAUGGCCCCUCCUCCCGUGUCCUUGGAACCAACCACCAGCUUGUCUAUAAGUUUGGAAAACCAACUUGAAGCCCUCUUGGAUGGAACAUUACCGUCAGGUAAUGAAAUUCCUCAGCUGACAAGCAGUAAUGAGGACAGAGAGUCAUUUUCUUUAAUUGAAGACCUCCAGAAUGAUCUGCUUAAUCACUCCAGCAUUUUGGAUCACUCUCAUUCACCCAUGGAAACAUCUGACCCGCAGUUUACCAGUAAUAAUUCGUGUCUGUCUCUUGACCUUCCCGAUACCAAUUUGGACAAUAUGGAAUGGCUAGACAUCACAAUGCCCAGCUCCUCAUCUGGACUCACUCCUCUCAGUUCUACUGCCCCCAGCGUGUUUUCCACUGACUUUCUAGAUCCGCAAGAUCUACAGCUGCACUGGGAUUAAGCUAUAGCCAAUGAGAACACGGCCUGCAAGUCUCCAUACAGCAGAGGUCCAUUAUUACACCAUUCUGAUUGCCGUUAAGAUAAAUUAGGACAGUAACGUUUGGAAGAACAAAUGCUUGAAGCUAAUUCCUUAUUGAUUUUCAAGUUUACAACAGUGAAUUACUUUAUGCUCCUAUCAGUAAUGCAGAUCAGGGCCCUCUGAAAGCUGUAUUUCACAAGUCAAGAAAGGAUGAUUGUACUUACUGAUACCCCGAGGUAAAUGCAUCACAGAUAUUUAAGAAAGAAGUUACGUCUCUGACUUUGUAAUGCUUAAAUGAGCAACACAACAUGGCUAAACUUAGAGAAGAAAAAGUGAGAUUUCAACUGUCUGUAUUGACACAGCGAGCAAAUGUUUGGGGGAGGUGGAGGUAUCACUGCACUUCAUUGUUCCUGUGGAUAGCCUGAGCCAGGUUCAAAAUGAAUUGUGAGGGCAAAGGCAAGUAGAAGCACUGGCUGGUUCAGUGAAAUUUCAUAUAUCUAGUCUCUUAAUUUGUUCAAGUUGUUUUUAUAUUUCGGUUUUGUGGUUUUUAAAACUCUUCCUCCAUUCUUU